GAGGUGGCCAGCGCGGAGGCGGCGGGCGGCGAGGCGCGGCGCGCGGAGGCAGAGGUGCAGGCGCUGCUCAACGAGGCGGAGCAGAGUCGGAGGGACAGCGCGCUGGGGCUGGAGGACCUGCUGCACAUGACCCGCGAGAACCAGCUGCUGCACGGGCAGUUGCUGCGCGUCCGCCAGCAGUACGACGAGCUGUCGGCCGCGGCCAAG